AUGGCUACUUCUUCUGCUAUAGAGCAGCCUAGACUAUUGAAUUUAAUGGAGAAAAAAACAAACACAAUAUAUCAAGAACUUAUUAUUCCUGUCAAUAAAGGGCAAGGUAGCGUUGAAAGAAUACAAUACCCUUCAGAAGACUCUUAUUUUUGGGGUCAGCCUGCUUCAAAUGAUGAUACCUAUGAUAAUAUAGACGAUGGAGCAUUCAAAAACCCUUUCAAAUACCCUUCUAAAGAGCAAGGUAGCCCAAUACUAGACAAAAGCACUAAAGAUAAUGCUCAGCAAGAAGAGUCGCUCACACAGGAAGCUAUCAUUGUUGAUCCAAAAAAAGAUCAACAGGAACAAGCAGCAACAAAAGAUUUAAAAGCUACUUCUAACCCUGUUAGUGAUAAAAUCAAUAUUCCGAAAGAUGAUAGGAAUAAACAAGUCAAAAAUAAUGCCGGAGCAACUCCAUUACCAACUAAACUACAAGACUUUCAAGAUGAGGAUAAUGCUGAUAGUGAGGAAGAAGACAACGAGGAAGAAGAAGAAGAAGAAAAAGCAGACGAUCUUGAAGAUAAUGAAGAUAAUGAAGAUAAUGAGGACAAUGAGGACAAUGACGAAGAUGAUAUAUUUGUAGCUAUCUCCAUUGUUGAUCAUGGUUUAUCUCAGGCAGCAGUGCCAACAGUACCAACGAACAUAGCCUCACAUGUUAUUGCUACAUCUUAUUUUAAUGGAUAUGGAGUUGCAGCUGGACAUGCUGAGGAUGAAUCAGCUGGACUAGGGCUUAUUGGCAUGUUUGAGAAAAAUGAAGCUUCUUUUGGAAAUUCCUUGGAAAGAAAUUACGGAUUGCAUUUAUUGACAUUAGUUUUCUUGCUCUGGUUCUUUAGUCGAAACCGUAUUUAA